AUGGAAGCAGCUCCACGAGACAAGGAGAAGCUAUUGAAUUUCACGAAUUUAAGAGUGUGUCAAGCAGAAAGAUUUUCCACAGAAAAAUGGGCUCCUUGUCCUUCACUUAGACCGCAUGAUCCAAUUGAUUGGCCUUGUAUCAGAGCGGUUGAAUUGUGUAAUGGAAAUCGAGAUUGUCCAAAUGGUGAAGAUGAGGAACCGAACAUGUGCAUGUUUCAUUCUUUGAAUCAAGGAUCAUUGCGUCAAUUGCAGCGGGACUUUUUGAGAUUCAGUGGUGCUACACCGUCGUCAACCAUAUACGGAAUUCGACUAACGUUUGGAAUGAUCUCCUUUUUCACCUCGAAUUACUCCCCGUCUUCCCAGAAGCCAACACUGAAACCCCCACAAGACAUCGUCAGCUACAUUUUCCGACCCCAUCUGGCAUACGGUCCUUCCACA